CUUGGAAGUAGGAGUGUUGGCUGGGAACAAAAUGAGCGGAGACCGGGUGACUUUCGACUUUCGAAAAUUCUUCGAGAGGGAUUUCUUCAUGUUGAAGUUCUUGGGGAUAUACUAUCUUACCGAGAACGCGAAGAUUGGUCAAAUUUUAUACUCUUUCAUAGUGAGUUUGCCUCUCAUGGUUGUCGCCACCAUGGUGCAGAUUAUCAACAUGUUCUGCGUGGAGGCGGAUUUGAGGAAAAUGGCGGCGUCUGGUUACUUGGGAGCGUCGUGUCUAAUGGCCGUGAUAAAAGAAUUGUUCCUAUUCAAAAACAAGAAGUUUUUGUUGAACAUUCAGAACGACAUGAACCGCAGCGAAUUCCAGCCGAAAGACGCAGAAGGGGUGGAAUUGGUGGAGAGAUGCUUGAGUGGGUACAAAAAGACCAGGAAAGUGGUGUUGAUAGUCUGUUCGAUAGCUGUUUCUGGAUGUUUAACUAUGCCUUUUUUGAGCUCUACUCAAUUGUUACCGCUAUCUGCGUGGUAUCCCUUCGAUGUUACCUAUUCUCCAGUGUACGAAUUAAUCUACAUCCAUCAAAGCGUAUCCCUGAUUUAUUUAGCAUACAUGAACAUCUACAUAGACAUAUUAGUGUCAGGAUUCACGACUUUCGUUAGUUUACAAUGCGCUUUGCUUUGCCACAAAAUGGAAUCUCAACGCAACAUUAACUCUGUAAAGGAAUUUGUAAUUCACCAUAAGUGGAUAUUAAAUUUUGUAUUUAACAUCGAAAAACUUAUAACGGAAAUGUAUUUUCUUCAAUUCAGCGCGUGCACGGUCAUAUUUUGCCUGUCCUGGUUUCUUCUGACAAUGAUCGACGUAAAUUCAUUCGAAUUCGUUUAUUUAUUCGCGUACCAGACGGCAAUUGGCUCCUUGUUACUCAUACCGUGCUGGUAUUCUUCGGAAAUGGAACGCCAGAGCCAACUGAUACCUUUCAGCGUUUAUUCGCUACCCUGGAGAACGAACACCCAUCAAUUCAAGAAAGAUGUUUAUUUUUUUCUGCUGGGCGUUCAGAAACCGAUUUUUAUUAACAUAGUGGGACUCUUUCCUCUUUCAGUGGACACAUUUACAAAGAUUCUUCGCAGUUCCUUUUCCUAUUACACGGUCUUGAAUAACAUGAAUUUGAAAAGCCAAGCAAACAACUAAUCCGCUCUAAUUCGAGUAAUUUAAACAGCGCAAAAUGUAGUGUGAAAAAGCACUGUUAAUAAAUAGCAUCAAG